AUGGAGGGCCUUUACUACAACGUCAAAUACGGCUACGUCGAGGGCAUCGUGCGCGGCUACCGCAAUGCACUGCUCACCAGCCAGAACUACAGCAACCUGACACAGUGCGAAAACAUCGACGAUGUCAAGCUACAGCUCGGGCCAGCUUACGGUGAUUUCCUCAACUCGUUGCCUCCCAAUCCCUCGACUUCUGCGCUCGCCGCUAAGACCACGGACAAGCUCGUGGCGGAAUUCCGCUACCUCCAAGCCAACGCUACCGGCUCGCUCUCAAAGUUCAUGGAAUACCUCACAUAUGGGUACAUGAUCGACAACGUCGCGCUGCUCAUCACUGGUACGCUGCACGAGAGGGACACCCGGGAGCUGUUGGAGCGAUGCCAUCCACUCGGCUGGUUUGAGACCAUGCCCGUUCUGUGCGUCGCGACCAACAUCGAAGAGCUGUACAACUCGGUUCUGAUCGAGACACCUCUUGCGCCCUACUUCAAGGGCUCCCUCAGCCACCAGGAUUUGGACGAGUUAAACAUCGAGAUUAUCCGCAACACGCUCUACAAGAACUAUCUUGAGGACUUCCACAACUGGGUCAACACCGCACCUGAAGUCGCCGGAACACCGACCGCCGAUGUCAUGUCCGAGACUCUGGAAUUUGAGGCAGACCGCAGGAGCAUCAACAUCACCUUGAACUCGUUCGGCACCGAGCUUUCGAAAGCGGACAGGAAGAAGCUGUACCCCAGCUUCGGCAGGCUCUACCCAGAAGGCACUCUGAUGCUCUCAAGGGCUGACGAUGUCGAGGGUGUCCGCAUUGCCGUGGAGGGUGUGUCGGACUACAAGACCUUCUUCGACCAGACUGGCCUGAGCGGCGGCGGCGGUGUGGGUAACAUGUCAGGUGGUGUUGGCGGGGAGACUCGAAGCCUGGAGGAUCUGUUCUACCAGAAGGAGAUGGAAAUUUCCAAGCUAGCAUUCACUCAGCAGUUCACUCACGCCAUAGUAUAUGCCUGGGUGAAGCUGCGGGAACAAGAAAUCCGCAACAUUACCUGGAUAGCUGAGUGCAUUGCACAAAACCAGAAGGAGCGGAUUGGAAACUACAUCAGUGUCUUCUAAGCGCAGUAAUCUAUGUAGUUAUAGCAUGUUCGGUUUCAUGGAGCGUUGGGUGGCGUUAUGGUCUGGUUAGUAUACCUGUGUUCAACAUUUAGACUGU